AUGGCCGGAUCCCUAAAUGGCUGCACCAGCCUCGCAGAAUGGCGCGCCCAAGCCGAGGCCAUGAAAACGGCCGUAGCCAGCCUCUCCCCAACCCAACCUCUUCCCGGUGGUGACAGCGACUGGUCCGACGACGACGACAUCGACCGCGCCUACGACCCACGCUCCGGCCCUCGCGACGUCUGGGACUUCAUCUCCGACGACGAGCUUGACGAGAUCGGGUUCGACAGUGGGGAUUUGUAUGACGGUGUUGAUGGCGAGGACCAUGGGUAUGGUUCUUCGUCUUCUUCGAAGUAUGAUAUGUCGUGGUUAUCGGCACGGUGUGCCGAAAUUGCGUCAAAAAGAUCGGGUCUUUCAGCCGGCGAGCUGAGGGACCAGAUCGUGGAGAUUCUGAGCGUCGCCCGGCCGCAGGGGGAGCUGCAGAGUUUGUUGACGGAUUUGGUGGGAUUUGACGAUUUAGAGUUUGUGGUAGAUUUGGUGUCGCAUCGGGCGGAGCUGGUUGCGGCGAUUGCAUCGGAUAGGAUACAUGGGGAUGAGGAGAUGAGGGCGGGGGUUGAAGGGCCGAGGUUACUAACCAAGGCGCAGCGGCAGGCCGAGUUGAAGAGGAGGGAUUGGGAGCAUAAACAUGCGCCGUUGAUGGCGGCGAGGGAGAAGGAAGAGGAUCUGCCGCAUGUGUAUCGGAGGUAUGCGGCGGGGAAUACGCUCAGUCAUACCGGCAAGGGGUAUGCCCUGCCAGCGGGGAGCCAGAGGCUAGAGUUUGAUAAGUACGAGGAGUAUGUCGUGCCGGCGGGGAAGCCGGGGUCGUUGUGGCCCGGGCAGAAGUUGGUCAGAAUUGCCGAUCUGGAUGGGUUAUGCAGGAAUACGUUUAAGGGGUACAAGACGCUCAACCGUAUGCAGAGUCUGGUGUAUCCGGUAGCAUACAAGACGAGCGAGAAUAUGCUCAUCUGUGCCCCGACGGGCGCUGGCAAGACAGACGCAGCCAUGUUAACUAUCCUGCAAACCAUCGGACAGUAUCUGACGCCUAGCCCGGCCGAGGACCCCGCUGUCACCGAGUUCGACGUCGCGCUGGAGGACUUCAAGAUUGUGUACGUGGCGCCGAUGAAGGCACUAGCGGCUGAAAUCACGGAGAAGCUGGGCCGUCGUCUGGCCUGGCUGGGCAUCCGGUGCCGCGAGUACACGGGCGAUAUGCACCUGACGAAGUCGGAGAUUGUGCAGACUCAGAUCAUCGUCACGACGCCCGAGAAGUGGGAUGUAGUCACCCGCAAGGGCACUGGAGACACGGAGCUCGUGCAGAAGGUGCGUCUGCUGAUCAUCGACGAGGUGCACAUGCUGCACGACGAGCGUGGCGCUGUCUUGGAGUCACUGGUUGCGCGUACCCAGCGGCAGGUCGAGAGCACACAGUCGUUGAUUCGCAUCGUUGGUCUCAGUGCCACGCUGCCCAACUACAUUGAUGUGGCCGAGUUCCUGGGCGUCAACAAGCGGGCGGGUCUCUUCUACUUUGAUGCGUCGUUCCGUCCUGUGCCCCUUGAACAGCACUUCAUCGGCGUCAAGGGCAAGCCCAACACGAAGCAGUCGCGCGACAAUCUGGACCAGGUAGCCUUCGAGAAAGUCCGCGAGAUGCUGGAGCGGGGACAUCAGGUCAUGGUGUUUGUGCAUUCGCGUCGGGAUACCCAGACUACGGCCAAGAUGCUUCUCGAAAAAGCGGCCGAUAAUGCUUGUCUUGAUCUGCUUGACCCGAGCGGGCAUGAACGAUACGAACUUGCCAUGCGCGAUGUGCGCCAAACCCGGGCCCGCGAGCUUCGGGAGCUGGUGCCGAAGGGCAUUGGUGUUCAUCAUGCCGGCAUGGCGCGCGCGGACAGGAAUCUGAUGGAGAGGUUGUUUGGAGAGGGUGUUCUCAAGGUGCUGUGCUGCACAGCGACUCUGGCCUGGGGUGUCAACUUGCCGGCUGCGGCGGUCGUGAUCAAGGGGACACAGGUGUACAGCGCUCAGGACGGCAAGUUCGUCGAUCUGGGUAUCCUGGACGUCCUACAGAUCUUCGGUCGUGCCGGUCGCCCGCAGUUUGAGGACGUCGGUAUCGGCAUCAUCUGCACGACACACGACAAGCUGGCACACUACCUGACGGCCGUGACAGACCAACUUCCGAUCGAGUCACGGUUCGCCAGCCGGCUGGUUGACAACCUGAACGCUGAGAUCGCUCUGGGUACAGUGACGUCCAUCGACGAUGCAGUGAAAUGGAUAGGCUAUUCCUACCUGUACGUACGGAUGCGACGGAACCCGAUGGCCUACGGCAUCGACUGGACCGAGUAUGAUCAAGACAGGCAACUGGUCGGGCGCCGACGCAAGCUGGCCAUCGAGGCAGCUCGGAAGCUGCAGCAGUGCCAAAUGAUCGUGUUCAACGAGCGCACGGAGGAGCUUCGUAGCAAGAACAUCGGGCGCAUCGCCAGCCAGUUCUACAUCCAGCACACGAGUAUCGAGCUCUUCAACCGCGAGAUGCGUCAGGACGCCGACGAGCGCGACAUCCUGCGCAUGAUCGCCAAGAGCGGCGAGUUCGACAACAUCCAGUCACGGAAUAAUGAGGCCAACGAGCUCAUUCGCAUGCGCAAUGAUGAGGACAUGAUCCCCUAUGAGGUGCCCGAGGGGAUUGAUACGCCCCAGGCGAAGACGAACAUCUUGCUGCAGGCGUAUAUCUCGCGCGCACAGCCCGAUGACUUCGCCCUGGUGAACGAUCUGAACUAUGUGGCUCAGCAGGCAGGGCGCAUCUGCCGGGCGCUGUUCAUGCUGGCGCUUAACCAUCGCUGGGGGUACCAGUGCCUGGUUCUGCUGACGCUGGCCAAGUCGAUAGAGAAGCGCAUCUGGAUGUUCCGGCACCCGCUGCACCAAUUCGACCUGCCGAAGCCUGUGCUGAACAACUUGGACAUGAAGGAGGCCCUGUCGAUCGAGAGCAUGCGCGAGAUGGAGGCGUCCGAGAUCGGGAACCUGGUCAAUAACUUCCGCAUGGGCGGCAAAAUUCGUAAGCUGCUCGAUCACUUUCCCACGCUGAGCGUCGAGGCCGAAGUUGCGCCGCUGAACCGGAAUAUCCUGCGGGUGAAGCUCUCCAUCACGCCCGACUUCCGCUGGAACGACCAGAUGCACGGCACCAGCGAGGGCUACUACAUUUGGGUCGAGAACUCGGACACGUCCAGGAUCUACCACCACGAGUUCCUCGUGCUUACGCGGCGCAAGCUGCACGACACGCACGAGCUGCACUUCACCAUCCCCAUGGAGGACCCCCUACCGAACCAGAUUUAUGUGCGUGCUGUGUCAGAUCGGUGGUUGGGUGCCGAGACGGUCACGGCUGUGUCGUUCCAGCACUUGAUCCGUCCGGAUACGGAGAGCGUGUAUACAGAUCUAUUGAAUCUCCAGCCGCUGCCUAUUACCGCGCUGAAGAACCCGGCGUUGGAAGAGCUCUAUGCGAAGCGCUUCCGCUUCUUUAAUCCCAUGCAGACGCAGCUGUUCCAUACGCUGUAUCAUCGGGAUGUGAACGUGCUUCUCGGCUCGCCGACAGGCAGUGGCAAGACUGUUGCGGCAGAACUGGCCAUGUGGUGGGCGUUCCGUGAGCGGCCCGGGUCGAAGGUGGUCUACAUCGCGCCCAUGAAGGCCCUCGUUCGGGAGAGGGUCAAGGACUGGGGCGACCGGCUGGCCAAACCGUUGGGGCUGAGACUGGUCGAGUUGACGGGUGACAAUACCCCUGACACUAAGACCAUCCGAGACGCGGAUAUCAUCAUCACGACGCCCGAGAAAUGGGACGGUAUCUCGCGUAGCUGGCAGACAAGAGACUAUGUUCGGAAGGUUAGCUUGGUGAUCAUCGACGAGAUUCACCUGCUAGCUGGCGACCGUGGUCCGAUUCUCGAGAUCAUUGUCUCCCGGAUGAAUUACAUUGGUGCUUCGACUGGCCGGCCGGUCCGGCUGCUGGGCAUGUCGACCGCGUGCGCGAACGCGACUGAUCUGGCUAGCUGGCUGGGCGUGAAGGAAGGCGAAGGGCUGUUCAACUUCCGGCACUCUGUGCGUCCUGUGCCCCUGGAGCUGUAUAUCGAUGGGUUCCCGGAGACGAGGGGGUUCUGUCCUUUGAUGCAGAGCAUGAAUCGGCCGACCUUCUUGGCGAUCUUGAACCAUUCCCCGGAGAAGCCGGUUAUUGUGUUUGUGCCGUCGAGAAGGCAGACGAGGUUGACGGCCAAAGAUCUGAUUAACCUGUGCGGUAUGGAGGACAACCCGAGAAGAUUUUUGCACAUGAGUGAGGAGGACUUGCAGGUGAAUCUAGCCCGGGUCAAGGAUGACGCUCUGAGGGAAGCGCUCAACUUUGGCAUUGGCCUGCACCAUGCCGGUUUGGUCGAGACGGACAGGCAGAUUGCCGAGGAACUGUUCCUCCACGGCAAGAUCCAGAUCCUCAUCGCGACGAGCACACUCGCCUGGGGUGUCAACUUGCCUGCCCACCUGGUCAUCGUCAAGGGCACACAGUACUACGAUGCAAAGACCGAGGCCUACCGCGACAUGGACCUGACCGAUGUGCUUCAGAUGCUAGGACGUGCCGGCCGUCCUCAGUUCGAUGACUCCGGUGUAGCCCGAAUCUUCACCCAAGAAGCCAAAAAGGACUUCUAUAAGCACUUCCUGCACACCGGCUUCCCCGUCGAGUCCUCCCUACAUACCGUCCUCGACGACCACUUGUGCGCCGAGAUCAGCGCCGAGACCAUCCUCACCAAACAAGACGCCCUCGACUACCUCACCUGGACGUUCUUCUUCCGUCGGCUGCACAAGAACCCGAGCUAUUACGGCCUGGAGAUCUCCGCGGAGGAGCACAACACCCUCGAGGCGCAGCACCGCGCAAACGAGUACCUUGUCUCCCUCAUCGAAAACUCCCUCGACGAACUGGAGACGUCCAAGUGCGUGGAAGUCCAUCCUAACGGCGAUCUCGACGCCACGCCCCUCGGUCGCAUCAUGAGCUACUACUACCUCUCGCACCGCACCAUCCGACACCUCGUUCGCCGAGCAGACGCGAUCCCCCAGGCUUCGUUGCUCGAUGCCCUAGCAUGGAUGUCCCGCGCCGCAGAGUACGACGAGCUGCCCGUGCGACACAACGAAGACCUGAUCAACGCCGAACUUGCCAAGGCCCUGCCCUUCCCACCCUCGGCGGUAGGAGGCCUGCCGAUGUGGGAUCCGCAUGUUAAGGCCUUCUUGCUCAUGCAAGCCCACUUUAGCAGGGUCGAGCUGCCGAUUACGGAUUAUGUGGGUGAUUUGACGAGCGUGCUAGAUCAGAGUAUUCGCGUGAUUCAGGCGAGUAUCGAUGUCAUGGCUGAGUUGGGGCGGUUGACGUCCGCGCUGAGGUUUGUGACACUAUUGCAGUGUGUAAAGCAGGGGGUUUGGCCGGAUGAUCCGGCCGUUGCUGUACUUCCUGGAGUGGAGGAGCCUGUGCCGGAGGCGGCGAAGAAACUUACUAUUAAAGAGCUUGCCAGUUUGCCGCGGGAGGACCACCCCUCCUUAGCAAAGAUUCUCUCCAUUUCCCCGCACCAGACGAAUCGUUUCAACAAGGCGUUGUCGGCCCUGCCCGACGUAGAGGUCUCCCUCCCCUCUGACUCUCUCACCCCGGAGAGUAUCACUGUUGUCCUGAGGCGCAAAAACCCCCUCACCGACCGCGAAGCACGAGCCUAUGCCCCACGCUUCCCGAAGUCCCAAACUGAAGGAUGGAUCGUCAUUGUCGGCGACAAACAGCGUGAUCAGGUAUGGGGCGUGAAGCGUGUGGCUUGGCAGGGGGAUGUGGGUGUCGGGAGACGGCCCAGUGCAAAGGCGGUGGUGAAGAUUCCUUCGCCGGAUGUUGUUCUUGAUGAUGAGGUUGGGAAGAAGCAGGAUGGUGAAGCUGAGGGGAGGAAGGUGGAUGUGUGGGUGUUGAGUGAUGCUUAUGUGGGGUUGGAGUGGGUGUUUGAUGGGGUUGUUUUGCCAGCGCCGAAGAAGGAGAUGAGGAUUGAUGCUACGGGGGUUGUGGAUAAAGCGGGCACGGGAAGCCAAUGA